AGGAGGAGGAAGCGGAGGAGGAGAUCGCAGUCUAAAGCGUCGUUAUUUGUUCUGAACAGCACUUGAAGAGCUAAUAUGAUCUUGCCGAGUGACGAUGCUUCUUGCAUUUGAGCUUCAGUCCCUCUUUUGGUUUUGCACUGAAAUCCUAGCAGCAUCAGCAGCGGCGGCAGCGGCGGCGGUGAUGCUGCUGCUCGCACAAUGCAAAAGUGCUAAGGAUAGCUGCAGCCUACACACACUGCGAGCCUGCUGCUGCUUCACUUACUCUCAUCACCACCGAGGGAGACAUUACUAUCAGCAACGGAGCAGCGGGAGGCACGAUUACCCGUCAACAAUGUAAAUCUCACACAGGUUCAACAUGAAAGCAGCAUCUAUCAGGAAAAAAGGUGAACUGCAGCACUAAAAUAGCCAAAACUGAGUGGAAACCUUGUAACGAGCACCAUCACCAUCAUCUCUCCUCUCUCCGUCACCCAACAUCAUGGCAAAUGCUGAGGGAACGGGGCAGGCAGGUCUGUCAGACUUGGAGAUCAUCUCCCAGCCAGUGGAGGAUGAGAACCAGUGCCUGGCCCCUCCAGUCCAGCUGGUGAGUUUUGGCUACAGAGAUCUACCACUCGCAGCUCUGGACCUCUCACUGGCUGGCUCGCAGCUCCUCUCCAACGCAGAUGAAGAUGAAAACAGGGACGGGUCCAACUGGUUGAAGCCGUGCUGCGGCCGUCGAGUGUCCCUGUGGCAGGUUUGUCUGCUCAGCGCUGGCUUCAACUGUAUCCUGGUGGCCUGUGUGAUCCUGGUGGUGCUCUUCCUCUCUUUGGAGCUGCUCAUAGACACCAAACUCCUACAAUUUUCCAAUGCUUUCCAAUUUGCCAGCAUUAUCCACUGGAUCAGCCUUAUCAUCCUGUCACUCUUCUUUUCAGAGACUGUCUUCAGAAUUGUAGUGCUUGGAAUCUGGGACUACAUAGAGAACAAAGUUGAGGUGUUUGAUGGUGCUGUCAUUGUGCUGUCCCUGGCCCCCAUGGUGGCCUCUACGGUGGCCAACGGGCCCAGCAGCCCCUGGGAUGCCAUCAGCCUCAUCAUCACUUUACGUAUCUGGAGGGUCAAGAGGAUCAUUGAUGCUUAUGUGCUGCAAGUGAAGGUUGAGAUGGAAUUGGAAAUCCAGCAGUGUGAGAAGACCAAGGCAGUGAGAGAAGAGCAGCUUGAGCGUCUCACUCAGAUCUGCCAGGAACAGGCUUUUGAGAUCAGGCAGCUGAGGGCACAUCUGGCCCAGCAGGACCUGGAUCUUGCGGCAGAACGUGAAGCAGCCAUGCAGAUCCACCGUGUAUGGAGCAAACAGGGCCGGAAUUUUCAGGUUGUGGAGGGCUUGACUCCUGGAGAGUCCGAUGAUGAGGGCAGCCAGAGGAACCCCAGAGAGCCUCUUGCCACUGCAGAUACAGUUGUACGUGACGAUAUGAACAACUACAUCAGCCAAUACUACAGUGAAGCAAGCAGUGAUGCUGGAGCUACUGGCUUAGGUGCCCGGAUCAUCACCACGGCAGCCAUUGACGUUCACCUCCCCAACAACCCAAAUCCCAUCCAGUCAAACCCGAUGCUUGCCAUGGAGAGGGUGGGCAGCGCAAUAAGCGAUGCCUCGACGAGCGUAUCACGUUCCAGUGGCAGCCUGACGGCACGCCCCCACAGCGUGAGUAGCCACACCCCAGGUUCAUCUUUGACAGACUGCAGCAGCAGCACGGCUCAGGACCUCAGUCUGAGCUACAGCUCCCGUCGCUGCUGCCCUCCUUCCUUCUCAGGCCAGGACCCCUGCAGGGACCCCAGCAUGGUGGUGCAGGAGCUACUCUCCUCCCUCUCUGAGGACGCCUGCCUUGCUCAAAAGGGCAUGGCAGUGGACCCGGUCAACCUUAAGCUUCCCAGCCCUACUGGCUCAGAAAAGGCCAGCCCUGAAAUGGACAACAGAAUAAACAUCUUCAACCGCAGGAACCAAGAAGAGAGGCAAGGCCGUGAGAGGGGUUGUGUACUGUUGCAGACCAAGCCUCUGAUCCACCUGCAGGGUAGCACCACUGAGCCAUCCCUAGAGGAGAAGUGCCGGCUCCUGGGACCGGCUGACAACCCUCUGGGGCACAUGCCUGAUACAUAAGCUACAUUUACACAGAAACAGAAGUCUUCUCUCUUUCUUACUGCCACCCUAUUUGGCAUUUGUCUGAACUCUUGUGGCAGGUCACACCUCAUGAGAGGGACCACAUGAGAUUGAAAAAAGGGAUUUUUCUGUUGCUGUGUAAAUCCAGUCUUAGCCAACUGAGAGCAAGCUUGAGCCUUAGCUUCCAGCUAACACUGAUAUUCCUUAACUUGAUGUGUUCAGAAGUUAACAGUAGAAAUGACAAUAAAAACUCUUAGGCCCUUUGCCAUACUGUCCAACCUCCCCUGCUCCCCUGGAUUUAUGAAAUCAGAAAUGCCCUGAUAUAGCACAACAAAGACUAUAACAU